GUUUUAAAUUGAAGAGAAAAUGUCACUUUACGAUGACUUGGGAGUUGAGACCAGUGAUUCUAAAACAGAAGGCUGGUCCAAAAAUUUCAAACUACUACAGUCUCAAUUGCAAGUGAAGAAAGCAGCUCUCACACAAGCAAAGAGUCAGAGAACAAAACAAACAACAGUCCUUGCUCCAGUGAUUGACCUGAAACGAGGUAGCUCUUCUGAUGAGAGACAGAUUGUGGACACACCACCUCAUGUGGCAGCUGGGCUAAAGGAUCCUGUACCUAGUGGUUUUUCUGCGGGAGAUGUGUUGAUUCCUUUGGCAGAUGAGUAUGAUCCCAUGUUCCCAAAUGACUAUGAAAAAGUGGUAAAACGUCAAAGAGAGGAACGGCAGAGGCAGCGUGAGCUGGAGAGGCAAAAAGAGAUUGAAGAAAGAGAAAAAAGACGUAAAGACAGACAUGAAGCCAGUGGGUUUUCAAGAAGACCAGAUCCAGAUUCUGACGAAGAUGAAGAUUAUGAAAGGGAAAGACGAAAAAGAAGUAUGGGAGGAGCUGCCAUUGCACCACCCACUUCUCUUGUUGAGAAGGACAAAGAACCUGUAGCAUCAUUUCCAUAUGAAGAGGAGUCAAGACCUCGGGCACCAUCUUCCAAAGCAGCUAUUCCUCCUCCAGUAUAUGAUGAGCCAGAAAGACCUCGUUCCCCCACGGGACCUAGCAACUCUUUCCUUGCUAACAUGGGAGGGACAGUAGCACAUAAAAUCAUGCAGAAGUAUGGUUUCAGAGAGGGCCAGGGGCUGGGGAAGCAUGAACAGGGUCUGAGCACAGCCCUCUCAGUAGAGAAAACAAGCAAGAGGGGUGGCAAGAUCAUUGUUGGUGAAUCUACAGAGAAAGAAACGGGCAAGAAAGCAGAUUCUAACCCCUUGACUGAGAUACUGAAAUGCCCAACUAAAGUGGUUUUACUAAGGAACAUGGUAGGUGCUGGGGAGGUGGAUGAAGACCUAGAAGUUGAAACUAAGGAAGAAUGCGAGAAGUAUGGCAAGGUUGGGAAAUGUGUCAUCUUUGAGAUUCCUGGUGCCCCUGAUGAUGAAGCUGUGAGAAUAUUUUUAGAGUUUGAACGGGUUGAAUCUGCCAUCAAAGCUGUUGUGGAUCUAAAUGGAAGAUAUUUUGGAGGCCGAGUCGUGAAGGCUUGUUUCUACAACCUGGACAAGUUCAGAGUACUGGAUCUGGCAGAGCAAGUUUGAUUUUAAAAAUCUAGCUUGAGGUGUCACUGUUUUGGCAAUCAUGUUUUCAGCAAUAGGCUGGGAAUAAAUAAGAGAAAAGUAGCUUUCCUAGCAAACUGGAAACAAGCCUCAUUGAAUGGAUUUUUCGCAUUCGUUGUGACUUACCUUUUUUUGUAUUAUAAAGCCCUUUGAAAGUAAGAUUCACGUCUGUGUGUUUUUGAAUUGCACAAUUCUGCUUAUUGCUCUGGGGAUCCUGGGUUUUUUGAGCUUUCAGAUGACUUCGUUCUUCGGAAAACCCACUGCUGAGGAGAUGCUUUGUCUGUGUUCCUGCUUUCCUUGUUCU